AUGAGGAAAUAUAACUACUCCGUCAAAGAGAUAGAAAGAAUGAGAAACGACUAUGCAGAUUUAAAGAAAGAAGCAGAAAAGCCAGCAGAAAAUAAAAUGGACAUGUUAGAAUUUCUGAACAAAAACUAUCCAACAGCAGACGAUUUCCUUCUAUCUGAUGUCAAGAAGAAGUAUAAAGAAACUUUCGGUAUCGUUAAAACAUUUGACAUACUAAAAGAAGAAAUAGAAGCUACGAAAUUGUUUAGGAUUUCAAAUAUACAUCGUACAAUUCAUGUAAAACGCUUGUGA